AUGACUUCGAAUAUCUCGGAGGUUUUAGCCCAACAACAACACAAUCUGCAACAUUUGCAGAAUUUACAACAGCACACGAGAAGUUUAACUUCUAAUGAAUAUCCAAGCAAUCUGAGUUAUCUGCCACAAAAUUCAGGUAUCAGACAACAGUAUAUACAGGAACAACAACCACAACAGCCGCAAUUGCCUAUACAGUCUCAGCCUCAGCCGUACCCCAUGGAUGGCAUGACUUCAGUUUCACCUGCACAGAAUACACUUACUACACAAGCAGCUCGCACAAAUAGUAUGUCCACUUAUCAAAAUCCUAACGCUGUUCCUGUGGGGUGUCUUGCACCUUCGCCAGUCCCUAUGCAAAACCCUCAACAGGUUCAGGGCCUGCUUCAAAGUCAACCCCAAAGUCAACCUCAAAGUCAGCCCUAUGCUCAGGUACCACUUCGACAACAGCCGGUGCAACAGCAAGCAUAUCAGAUGCAGCAAAAUGCCACUCAACAAACUUUCAAUGGUGUGGGCAACUCAAGUAGGGCUGCUUUACAGGGAAGAAACUCUCUGACAAGCAAUUCCAAUGUCUCGAGGGCGCGUACUUCUAUUCAUCGCUCCGCGAAUAAUGCUAAUACACAGCAGGAUCCUCGUUCUCCGCUAGUUAUACUAAUGCCAACCAGUGCACAACCGACAGAAGUGUUGGCAAAUAGGUUUGCCGCUUGGAGAAGCGUUAUAAGAGCUAUCAUCACAUACUUGACUGAAACAGCGUCAAUUCAGGAUGAAAUUGUGAGGCAACAACUAAGGUUAACCCAUGCGGUGCAGUUCCCGUUCUUCGCGGUCGAGAAUCAACAUCAGCCUGCAAAUCCAGAGGAUAAAUCUAUUCAAAAGUUUUUUUUGCCUUUAGGCAACGGCUCUAUCCAAGACUUGCCUACCAUUUUGAAUCAGUAUCAUGGCUCUUUGGCUUCACAUGCCUCUCGCGCAUCAAAAGAAUUAACUAAUGAGGUUAUCCCACGUCUGGAAGACUUGAGACGUGACUUGCUAGUAAAGAUGAAGGAGAUAAAAUCAUUGCAAUCAGACUUCAAGAACUCAUGCUCCAAGGAAUUACAGCAAACUAAGCAGGACAUGAGGAAUUUUUUGGAAUCUAUAGAGGAAUCCAGGUAUGGAUCAGCGAAGCAAGAUCCUUAUUUGACAAAGACCAUUUUGGAUAGACAGAUCAAGAAACAGUUGACAGAGGAGAAUUUUGUGCACGAGGCAUUCGACAACUUGGAAAAUUCAGGUGCUGAGCUCGAGAAAGUUGUUGUCAUGGAAAUUCAAAACGCUCUCAAUAUAUACGCGCGUUUGUUGGGUGAAGAAGCCCAACUAGCAUUUGACAUAUUAUUGUCGAAGAUGGAGACAGGUUUCUUCAAUAAGAAUCCACAGUUUGAAUGGGAAAAUUUUAUCAUGAGAGAUCCAAAUUUCAUAGUUCCAAAUUUGCCAAUGAGGAAAAUGAGGGAGAUUGUUUACAAGAACCAACAAGAUCCCCUUACGUAUGAAAUAAGGUCUGGUGUUUUAGAGAGAAGAUCGAAAUUUUUGAAGUCCUAUUCCCGAGGUUACUACGUUUUGACCCCAAGUUUUCUACAUGAAUUCAAGACUGGCGACCGAAAGAAGGACAUUGUUCCCGUUAUGUCGCUAUCCCUAAAUGAAUGUAGUGUUGCCGAACAUUCUAAGAAGGGGUCUUCGGACGACAGAUUUAUCUUACAUGCAAAACAGAAUGGUUUGAUCCAUCGUGGUCAUAAUUGGGUAUUCAGAGCCGACAACUAUGAGACAAUGAUGGCUUGGUUUGAAGACUUAAAGGUUUUCACAUCAGCCAACAAUGCUCAAGAGAAGGCAAAAGCUGUCGUCGAAAGAUUAAAUCUAGAUUCUGACGGAAGACCGAAAACGAAUGGCAUGGAAGCUGCACAACAAGAACCAGCAAGAACUUCGAUGUCUCAACCACCUCAGGAGAAUCGCAGGAUAAGCCAAGAAAAUCAUAGGAUAAGCCAAGAUAAUCGCAGAUUAAGUCACGACAAUCGCCGAGACAGUACUGACCUUCAAAGUAAUACUAAUGUCCCUGCAUCUACACCAAGACUGGACAAUCAAACAAACACUAUCACGACUUCAUCAAUUCCUGAUACUAAUGAUUUUGAAAUCGAUCACUCCAUUCCCAACAUAUACAUUGAUAUUCCCGCAAACGAAGCCAAGAAUAGAGGUCAGCAGAUGUAG